UGACCAAUGGAAAGUACUUGCGGAAAGAAAGUUGAUAACAAGUUGGUUCAUGUAAACAAAUAUAGACAGCAUAAGAGAACGCAACAAGAUUUUAUUCGGGAGUACAUUGUAGCUUGGUCGUUGUUAUCAGAGGAUUUCGUUUUUCUGGUUUCCUUGAUGGACUUGACUACACUCGCCAGCAUCGAUGAUGAUCUCGAUUCGUCUGAAGUGGCUGCCCUUUGCUUCCUGUGCCGGGAUGUACUCAGUAAGAAAGGUCUUAAGAAGGUAAAAGAUGGGAAGGACCUGUUCAAACAGCUGGAUGAGAAAGAUCUCCUCAGCAACAGCUGCUUUCUCUACCGACUGCUCCGUAUCAUCAGAAGAGAAGACCUGCUCAGUCGAUUGCAGGGGGAUGUAACUCAGACCGACUCAAUUCCAAUUGUAACAGAUUACAGGGAGAUGCUGUACAACCUAUACGAGGAUGUAAUUGAGAAGAAUUUAAAGAAAAUGAAGUACCUACUCGGCAACAAUGGAGUGGGCCGGGGGCAAAUUGAGCUUUGCACUACGGCGCUGGAUGUGUUUUCUCUCAUGGAGGACAGCGGCCUGCUGUCUAGACAACGGCUGGACAAGCUUCAGGAAAUACUAAAGCACUGUGAUUCACAGCUCGUCAAUACAGUGCAGAAAUACAUCAACGGCGACCCCGGCGCAGCGCAGAGUCUCGUCUCCGACUCCGACCUCAUUGUAGCAGCGUCCUCUGUUCUGCACCCGGUAACCACGGCAACAUGCCAGGACUUCUACACAUUGAGGAAUAACCCUCGGGGGACCUGUCUGGUCAUCAACAACGAGCACUUCACCGGAGGUGGUCUGCGAGACCGACGAGGGACCCUAGUGGACGAGAAGUCCCUGCAACAGGUGUUUGGGAAGCUGGGCUUCCAGGUUGAGGUGCACAGCGACCUCACUGCAGACGCCAUACGCAGGGUGCUGGAAGACCUCGGGAAAAUUAGUUUUUAUAAGGCGGAUGUCCUGGUGGUGUGCGUGCUGUCCCACGGGGAGAAUGAUUGCGUGUUCGGGACGGACGGGAAGAAAGUUUCCCUGAGGGAUCUGCGGAUGCCCUUCACCAGUGCGGGGGCCCCCACGCUGGCCGGAAAGCCCAAGCUGUUCUUCAUACAGGCCUGCCAGGGUAGUACCUACCAGAAGGGGGUGCCGCCGUGUCCCCCCAGGCCCCAGGAUGAGGAGGCCCGCAGGACUAGCAUGAGCCUGGAGGUGGACGCGGGGGCCCUGCCGGCGGAGCUGGUGGCCGAGGAGGCGGACUUCCUGAUGGGCAUGGCGACAAUGGAGGAGUACAUCUCGUUCCGGAACAUUUCCACGGGGUCCAUCUACAUCCAGGAGCUGUGCAAGCAGUUGCUGGUGUCGGCCAAGAGUAAAGACGACCUCCUCACUACGCUCACGCGAGUCAACCGGGAGGUCAGCAAAGGAGACUAUCUCCGUCACAAACAGAUGCCCCAGCCCAAGUACACCCUAACCAAGAAGCUGGUCCUCACGGAGAUGGAGACGGAGAUGGAGAUGGAGAUGGAGAUGCUCAAGAACUAAACGACCACUGGGACUUGUUUUUUUAAACAUGACGCCAAAUGCAGAGUGUGCCACACACAAAGCCUUCCGUUUGUUAGUCUAUAAGUCAUAUGCAGUAAGGUUGAACCCCCAUGGAUAACCACAAGAAGCACUUGGAGGAUUCAGCACAUACAACGGAAACAUCAUUCUUGUUCAUCUCUUGAUUUGGAAUGUUCUCUCAAAUUCAUUCUUAAAGUAUUUUUACUUUAAGAAUGUAUUUUAUUUAUAUAUCCAUCUAUAGAUGGAUCUAUCGAUCAAAAGAAUGUAAUUUAUAUGUUGUUAAAGAUCUAUUUGGUUAAUGAGUGCCAACAUUUGAUUUACAGAGAGGGGGAUGGAUAAGGAUAUCUAAGAAUGUAUUUGACCUUUGGAUUGCAAUGUUUACUUAAAAUGAUGAAAUGCUGAAUAACUAAAUGUAAACUAUUCUUUGUCACUAAUAACAGUGGAUUAAAUAUGUAAACCUCUUUUUUUUGUGUAAUGCGUUUGUUUAGGAGAGGAUAUUAUGUAUCUAUAUCUAUAGAUAUUCAAUGUUAUGUAUACUAUGUCUAUAAUAAUAUAGAUGGAU